GUGGUGAAAUAUAAUUUUGAGGGUGUAUUAAUUUAAUAAAAAAAAGUCAUUUAUAACUUCAUCAUGGAUAUUACGUUUACUUUAGUUGUUCUUUGUCUAAUAAUUGUUCAACCUCAUGUAACAUGCGCACAAAUUCCAGAUGAGUGUCAGGGUUGUGGUUGCUGCGCUUACGGAAACUAUAGAAAAUGUGAUAACAAUGGUUACUGUAAUAAUGGUUGUCAAGAUGGAUACUGGGGUGAUAGGUGUUACUACAAAUGCAUGUACACUAAUUGUUUCCGAUGUGCACGCGAAAAUGGCUACCAUUGCGAGUGUAAGACAGGCUACUAUGGAUACAAUUGUGAAUCUUGGUGUGGAACUAAUUGUGAUACAUGUGACAAAACGAAAGGAUGCCUUUCUUGCAAAGGAAAUUAUUGGGGUAAAACAUGCAAUGAUAAAUGUAGGGGAAAUUGCGAUGUUUGUUUGAAGUCGGAUGGUCAAUGUAGUUCUUGUGUGAAAGGAUACUGGGGAGGAUUUUGCUAUGAUAAAUGUGGUAGUCAGUGUAAAACGUGUCACAAAUGGAAUGGCUGUAUAGAAUGUAAUAAGGGGUAUUAUGGCUCUAAAUGCGAGAAUUACUGUGGAGACAAUUGUGCCAGUUGUGAUAUAAAGCUUGGUUGUACUUCUUGCAACACAGGGUAUGAUGGAUCCUCUUGCAUGUGUGAUUCAAAUUGUGUUCAAUGUGAUAACCUUAAAGGAUGUACAAUUUGCAAACCUGGAUACUAUUCAUAUAAAGGUGUAUGUCAUGAAUGUGUUUUAGGGUGCACAUGUUCUAAUUCCCAAAACUGCAUUGGUUGCAUUAAUGGAUAUUUCCUGAGGUCAAACCUGUGUUCACCUUGUCCCUAUAACUGUAUAUCGUGCACUACGUCUACACAGUGCACUUCCUGUACGGAGGGUCGAUUUGGAAAUAUAUGCCAGUAUCAAUGUUCCGAAGGCUGCUUUAGAACAUGCCAUACUAUCGACGGAUCUUGCAAAUGCAAAGAAGGUUGGGCAGGGGAUAGAUGUGACAAAUGUGACGAUAGAUACUUUGGAAACAUGUGCAGCGAACAAUGUAGAAACAGCUGUUCAUCAUGUACAGGAGAUUAUAAUUGUCAACGUUGUACACCUGGAUAUUAUGGUGCUUAUUGUCAAUACAAAUGCGGGAAAGGCUGCAUAAAUGACAGUUGUGAUAUCAAAUCAGGUCAUUGCCAAUGCAAAAAUAAUAAAUUUAUUAAAUCAAAAGCAUCAGGAUACUGCUAUGAGUGUGUGUCCGGGCAAUAUGGUCCAAUGUGUGAGCCAAACUGUCCUAAGAUGUGUAAAACAUGCAAAAACGAGACUAAUUGCGUUUCAUGCAAUGGCGGGUACUUUGGGAAAACCUGUAAAAAAACUUGCCCCGUUAGGUGUACAUGUAGAACUGAUAUUUGCGUAAAUUUGGUAGGUUGCGACUCAUGCACAAAUAUUUCAUAUUAUGCAAAUGAUAAUGAGUGUUGUUUGUGCAGUAUAAUAACUGUGUUUCCUGUACAAAGACGAUUGAUAAAAUUCAUUGUAAAACUUGCAGAAUGGGGUAUUUUCCACACAAAAAUGGACAAUGUAAAACCUGCAGUUCGCAAUGCAUCGACAAUGAAUGCGAUCCGUCUUCGGGAAGAUGUCUUCAAGGAUGCACUCAAGGGUACUGGAAUCAGACAUGUGACGAAGAGUGUGAUCCAGAAUGUUUAUCUUGCGAUCAAGCAGAUGGAUCGUGUUCAAAAUGCAAAAACAAUACAAAAUAUGGACCUUCCUGUAUAACUGAAUGUAGCAAUACCUGUGAAAAAUCCAUGUGUGACAUUAAUGGAAAUUGUAAAUAUGGAUGCAUUAAAAAUACGUUUGGAAAGCAAUGUGAAAACACCUGUGAUGAACAUUGUACAUCAAAGGUCAACAAAACAAGUUGUUCAGAAAAGACCGGACAGUGUUUUUACGGCUGCCAAAAAGGAUACAGGGAAACAUUUUGUCCUCAAGUUAUUGAAACAGAAGCGAAACUACAACCAUCGUCAAUUGCAUCUCUUGGUGGAGGAAUUUGCGGAGGAGUAGUUGCUUUUGCUUUACUUGUAAUUGUUGGAUUUUUUUUGCUUCGAAGAAGAAGAACACACGCCAAACAUCUGUCAAUGAACCUGAGAUGUUUUCGACUUUGUACGCAACGGCGAACAGAGAAAGAGCUUCCCAAGCUGAGCAUGCCAAUGGGGUCUCCGACAAUUUGAACUCUGUCAUUAUCAUAGAAUACCCCAAUCACCAGAGUCAACCAACGGACAGGUUUUGCAAGAAAAUGACGCCUUUAUUGACAGCAGACGAUCUUGAAAUUGACGAGGAUGAUGCUUUUGCACGGGAAAAUGCUGUAAAAUUUGAGGAAAGUGGAGGUGUUUAUUAUAACAACGCUGUAGAAGUUAGCAAAUUCAAACUGCGUUCGGCCGAUCUACCAGCAUAUGUACACAGUAUUUCUUUAAAGGACCUAGAAAAAGAAUUUCAGAAAAUUCCAUAUGGUCUUGUGAAAGUUUAUGAAGUUUCACAAACAAAACUAAACAUGCACAGAAAAAGGUUCAAUGGAAUCUACCCAUAUGAUGACAAGCGAGUUUUAGUACGCGGUGGAGAAACUGACUACAUUAAUGCAAGCUAUAUAGACGGAUUCAGAAAGCAAAAUGCAUAUAUUUCUACUUUGGGUAAUGUCACGUAUUUCUUUUUUACUGAGAGUACAAUAUUAGAAUUAAAUAAUAUAUCUUAG